CCUUCCCUCAUAUAUAAAAGCCGUCCUUCGUUCUCUUUUAUUGAGAGAGAGAGAGAGAGGGAGGGAGGGAGAGAAGCCGAAGAAGAAAGCUAGAGAGAGAAAAAAACGAAAGACAUAUAUAUAUGAAUGAAAGCGUUGUGUUCCUCCACAGCCAAAACUCUCUGAAGAAGAUUGAGAAGAAGAAAUGUUUGAGAGAAAGAAGAGGACAAGGACUUGUUCCCAUGAAAGAUCUGAUCUCUUCGAUUCCUUACCCGACGAUAUCGUCAUCUCCAUCCUCUGCAAGCUCAGUUCUUCCUCUCGCUCCCCGUCCGAUUUCAUCACUAUCUUCCUCACAUGCAAAAGGCUGAACCAGCUAGGUCUCAAUCCUCUGGUUCUGUCAAAAGCCGGUUCGGAAACUUUCGCCAUCAGAGCCAAAAACUGGUCGGAGAACUCUCACCGGUUUUUGAAACAGUGCGUCGUCGCCGGCAACAUUGAAGCUUCCUACACUCUCGGCAUGAUCCGAUUUUACUGUCUACAAAACCGAGGAAGCGGAGCGUCUUUGAUGGCAAAGGCGGCGAUUAGGUCUCACGCGCCGUCGCUGUACUCCCUCGCCGUGAUUCAGUUCAACGGCAGCGGUGGUUCGAAAACCGACAAGGACCUCCGCGCCGGAGUCGCGCUCUGCGCACGCGCCGCCUACCUCGGCCACGUCGAUGCGCUCCGCGAGCUUGGGCACUGCCUCCAAGACGGUUACGGGGCGCGCAAAAACGUCACCCAGGGCCGCCGCCUCCUCAUCCAGGCUAACGCGCGCGAGUUCGCGUCUUCUCUACGGGCCGCCGCUCCACCUUCUCUCCACCACCUCGUGACGUGGCAGUUGCAAAACCACCAACAACGAAACAGGCCUUUGACGGGUAAUAAUAAUCGGAGUCCGGACUCCGGGUGCCCGUUGCUGAGUGAUUUUGGAUGCAAUCUUCCUUCCAGGGAGGUCCACCCGGCGAACCGGUUCUUGGCGGAGUGGUUCGGGGCAAGGGAGUCGGAUCCGGGUUUAAGAAUGUGUUCGCAUUCGGGAUGUGGGCGACCCGAGACCCGGAGGAACGAGUUUCGGAGGUGCUCGGCGUGUGGGACCGUGAACUAUUGUUCGCGUGGGUGUCAGGCGCAGGAUUGGAAGGUGCGCCACAAGUUGGAGUGUACACCAAUGGCGAUGGAUCAGUGGGUUGAAGCCGUUGAUGGUGAGGAUCAAGAUGGUGGAGGUGAUCGAAUUGCUGAGGUUGAAGGUGGUGUUGGUGGGGCCAGUGAAUGAUUUGUAUUAGAAAAGAGAUUUUGAACAAAUGGGUUUGGUUUGAAGUCCUAGUGUUCAUUGGUAAGUCCUUUUUUUUUCCCCUUAACUUUUGCUUUUCGUGUACAGAUUGAUUUUUUUUUUUUUGAGGACAAGUGUGUACCAGAGAACAACAGGCUUUGGCUAGAUUUUGGAAA